GUCCCCUCGGAGGCGACGGUACUCCAGGGGAAAGAGAUCAAGCAUCGCGAGACGCGUUUCGUAGUCCACGGAUUUGAGGCCGGCAACCAUUCUCGUGGUGGCCCGCUGGACACGCUCAAUGAGGGUGACGUCUUUCUCCGUGAAUCCUUCGGAAGAGACGGAAAAAAGUAUCUGAGUUCGUCCAACAUAACGGCCAAACCGGAUAAAGAGAACUACGCCGAGGCACGCAAACUCUAUUUGGAUGCAAUCGUUUUGUUCGAUAAAGUUGUGUGUUCUUCCAAGGAUGCAACCGUACAGGGCCGAUCAAAGGAAUUCAAGGACAGUGCGUAUCAACGCGUAAAAUUUAUUGUGCUUCCCUUUUUGGUGUGGUUUCACGAGAAUGAUUGCGCCAGGACAGGACGACGAUGGCUCAAACGAGAAUCAUACGAACACUACCAGAAGCAACUAGCAGCCUCCUCCGCUGAGAAGAAAUCUUCCCGAACACUUCCGUCAAAGGACACAAUCUUGCGAAAAGUGAAAAAUGUGAGCAGCAGCGCGGUUACUCGGAUUCUCAAUGAAGUCGUUGAAGAUUGUUCCUCAGUUACACUGGCGGAUGUUGCUGGCAAUGAUCGAGCCAAACAAUUACUUACCGAGGCUGUCAUACUUCCUACCCUCCGACCGGAAUUAUUUACCGGCCUUCGUGAACCUGUUCGUGGUGUGUUACUUUUUGGCCCACCAGGAAACGGCAAGACAAUGCUGGCUAAGGCCGUCUCGUCGGAAUCCAAUUGUAUCUUCUUUAACAUCUCAGCAGCCAGUUUAUUAUCCAAAUGGGUCGGUGAAUCAGAGAACACAGUAAAGGCGUUGUUUGCAGUCGCCCGUGAGGUUAGUCCGUCGAUAAUAUUUUUGGAUGAGGUCGAUUCCCUACUCGCUGCCCGCCGAGCUGAUGGUGGUCAUGAGGUCUCGCGUCGUGUGCUCACUCAGAUUCUUGCUGAGAUGGAUGGAGUUCAAUCGGGUUCGGAACGAGUUCUGGUCUUAGCAGCCACAAACAGACCCCAAGAGCUGGAUGACGCUGCUCUCCGGCGAUUUCCUCGUCGGGUGUACGUCCGAAUGCCCGAUAUGCGAACACGGCAGGAGAUGCUGCUGAAACUUUUGGGAAAAAAUGUCAACCAUUCUCUUUCUCGUACGGAUGUGGAACGUAUUGCCAGAGGCACUGAAGGUUUUUCAGCCAGUGACUUAAAAGAGCUCGCUAAAGAGGCUGCCCUACAACCAAUCCGUGAAAUCAGCACCACACAGCUCCGUACAAUAUCUGAACACGAAGUGAGACCGUUGGCCUUGAAAGACUUCAUCCAAAGCCUUAAAUUUGUGCGGCCUUCUGUGUCAGGGACAUCACUGGCUCCGUAUGAGUCUUGGAAUAAACAAUUCGGCGAGUCGAAUGAACCGGUGGUAGCAAGCCAGGUUGCAUCGAGCACGGGAAUAGGAAAACGGCUUUUGGGUCUGAUGUAACUCGUUAUGCACCAACGUUAAUCGGAUAUUGGAAUGACCUCCAUCGGCCUUGAGACGUUCGCCGAUCAUAGCAUGAGAGUCCUGUGUUAUUGUGAUAACGUUCCUCCUGACGGUUGCUCAUAUCAAACAUGGAUCUUUAUGAAUCAAAACUGUCCCAGAUGAUAACGUUCCCGCCUUGAAGCAGUCAGUUGUUUCUCAACAACUACAGAUGUUCUGGUUUCUUGUACUUUAUGCAUUGUAUUCCUAUCCAGUACUGUUGUUUUGAUCAAGAGAACUCACCUGUUUUCAGUCGUUUUUUGUUACUUCCUGUACAAGGUUCGAAUCGUGCUGUAUUCUCAACCUUUCUGGCUUCGGAUUCAGCGAGUGCUGUUUUUCUACGCAGCCUAGGUGAUAGACAGCGAGCGAGUAAUUUUUUGUUCAUUAUUCAUAAUUUUUACCGAUAAAUUGGUGAAUACGGU